UAGCUGCUAGACUUCUGUCUCAACAGUUUGUUUUGUGAGACAAUUUUGAAUAGAAGGUUCGUUAGUGGAACUUAGCUUUAAAGUAAUUGAAUUCAAAAAUAAAACACAAAAAGUACUUGCGAUGUUCUGUGUCGCACUGACGUGUUUGCUGGGUAUAACAGCGAUUAAUGCUCGCUAUAUAGACAAUUACAAUUUUCCACUUUAUCCUACACAAAACACAAAUGAAUUCUACCCAGGAGCAGCUAUACCAAAAUACAAUCCUAAGCGCUAUGGAGACACCUCGAAAAUCGUACGCGUUUCGUUAAGCAUGGCACCACCAUCACGCCAUUUAUUGCCACCCUAUGAAGAUUACGGCGCUGCCCAAGCAUAUUCGAAUAGAAUCUACCGAAGCAAAUUACCCGCUUGGCAAUUCCGAGACGAAAUGCCAGCGCAGUACGAAAAAGUCGAGCGAUUGGCGCCGCAACCGUAUCCGUACGAAGUUGUUAACCGUGUAUUACCGAAGGUGGAGGAGCCUACCGAUUUCCAACCGCUCGAGAGUCAAUUAUCGACGCAGGAAAAACAGAUAACUCAAGUUGCGGACGAUGUAAAAAGUGUACAGCAAACUGUUGGCGAGCUCGAGAAGUAUCUGGAAGGUGUCGCUGCAGCUUUAGUACCACAAAACAAGGCUAAAAAUGGUGUUAUACGCAUUAGUAUGAAUCUGGUGCCCAAGCUUGGUGACGUACAAACUGAUAGUUUGCCUGAAAAGGAAAUAGAUAAGCUUAUUUCAAGUAUGUGGGGAGAAGACUCCACAGAUUCAAAUACUUCAGAGGAGGAGAAGGAUUUGGAUAAGCUGAUUUCAAAUAUGAAUGUAGAAGACUCUGCAGUUAACGAUAAUGAGAAGAUGGAAAAAGAAUUGGAAAAUCUAAUUUCCAGCAUGUUUGGAGUAGAUUCUAAUGAAAGCGAUAGCUCAAAAAAUGACGAAGAGUUGGAUAAACUGAUUUCAAGUUUGAUUCUAGAAGACUCUGCAGUUAAUGACGGCUCAAGUAAGGACAAAGGAUUGGUAAAUGUAAUUUCCAGCACAAUUGUAUCAAAAUCUGCAGAUGGCGAUAGCGAAGAAAAGGAAAAAGAUUUGGAAAAAUUUAUUGCCAGCUUGUUCGUAGACGAUUAUAGCGAUUAUGCUAAGAAUCUUAUUGAAAAAACGGAUGAAAACAGUGACGCGGAGGAGGAAUAUGGUAAAAAAUUGGAUGCUUUCUUAAAUAAAAUAUUUGCUGAAGAAGCUCAGGAGGAAGAAAAAGAAAAAGUGGAAGAGGAAAAAGAACAAACUAUGGAAGAGGAAAAAGAAGAGGAAAUUGCUGCUGGCGUGGAAAAGAACAUACUCUACGACUUAAACAAGGAUAUGAAUUACCUUUUUGAGGACAGCAAAUCGGACAAGGGGGAACAAAAGCUCAAUUUUGAUGACGAAUUAGAUUAUCAAGAUUAUUUAAUGAAUAAGAAAUACAUCUUUAAUUACGAUAAAAAUCGUUACUGAAAUCUUCUCCCGACAUAUAUUACCUAUUAUCUUAAUUUAGCACAUUUAAGAACUGUAUUUGAAUCUUAAAUAAAUAUAUCUGUAUUGGCAGAGCUUUUCAGAAUUUUAAAUAAGUAUAA